AUGUUCAUUUCCGGCAGCUCGCAGGUUCAGGAUGACAGCGCCAGCUCUGAUGGUUCUGGCUGUGAAAGCACAGAUGAAGGACCAAAGGGCAAUGCAGGCACUGAAAAAAACAGUUCAAAGAAUGCAGGCAAGACUGCCGCAAAAAGCAAAGGCUCAACUGUUGAGGUUGCAAAGGCUCCAAAGAGUUCCAAGACGUCCAAGACUGAGAAGAAGAAGGACCAGGAGCCAGAUAAAGAAAGAGUAAAGAUGACCAAGGGCAGCAAGGACAAAGAGAGGAAAGAGGAGUCUGAAAAGGAGGCUUCUGAUGAUGAAGAGGAAGAAAGCGUCUCUUCUGAGUCAGAAGCAGAGGAGGCCCACCGGAAUCAGCCUGACAGUUUCGUGCAGAAUGCCAGUUACCCCAAAACAGAUGUUCGGAGGUGGACAGUAAAGGGACAAAUCUGGCCUUACCUUGCCCGAAAGGAGAAGGAAGAAGAAGAAUUCGAAAGUGAGGACAGCGGCUCAGAGAAAUCUGAUGCCGAAGCGCAAUCCGAAGAUGAUCAAGAGGAGAAAGAUGAGGGAGAUGAGGGAGAUGAGAACGACAAGGAUGAAUCUGAGGAGUCCAAGAGCGGAUCUGAGAGUUCUGAAGACGAGGAGAGUGAAAGCGAAGACAAAGAUGACAAUGUAGAUGUAGAGAGUGAGGAGGAGAAGGAGCCGCCCCAGACCAAGGGAAGUAAGAAGGCAGAGAAGAAAACAACAAAGAAAGAAGAUGAGAGCAAGACCAAGGUCACGAAGCAGAAGCAGAGAGGUGAGAAGGAGCCAACGACAGAGAAGAAAGAUGAGAACGCAGGGAAUGCAAAGGGCAAGCCACAGAAGGCAAAAGGCAAGUCAGAGAAGAAGACAGAUGAGGAGCCAGAGAAGACGACCAAGACAGAAGACGGCCGGAAGAAGAGAAAACAAGAAACCUCAGAGAGUGGUGCUUCUUCUGACAAGGUCCAAAAGAAAGCAAAAGGACCUAGCUCGGAGAACUUGGAGAAGGUGAAGAAGGUGCAGAAGGUGGAGAAGGAAGCGGGAAAGACAACGAAGGAGCAGGGUGAAGACACAGGCCGGCAGGCCAAAAAGAAGAGAAAAGCUGAGAAGGAGGAUGCAGAGAGACAUGAAAAGAAGAUAAAGGACCAGGAGGGUUUGGCCAUUGUGGCCACUGACCAGCCCACAAGCAUCAUCAAGAAGCAAGUUGGAGAGAAGCCCGCAGAAGAUGAAGGAUCAGAGGUCGAGAAGAAACUUGCAGAUGCGGAGAAAAACAUGAAGAUCAACAGCACCACGCACAGAAAGAUGUGGAUGAAAUUUCUGAGGUUCCGAAAAAACAAAAAAAAGAUGCGACUGUGCCCUUCCCAAAUGGUGGCUGCCUUGCAGUCUGAGGACCAAAGACAGAAGAUCUUUGCAGACUUUGUCAAGGUGGGUGGGAACGUGGAACACCUAGUGCUCAAGUACGAAGCAGGCCUCACCGAGUCCCAGGCUUCCAAUAUCAAGUGGGGGUUCAGACCCGAAAAGUGGCUAGAGGAUCGACAUGGUGCCAAGAAGGCAAAAAAGUUGAUAAAUCGAAAGCUGUGGAUCCAAGAUCCUGAACUCCCGGAUGAUGAAGAGGAGAAGCUGUUCUUCACCAUGAUCAAUUUGGACAUGUCCAAUAUCACCGAAGUGCGGCGUCUUACAAAGCUUGAGAUGGAGGGAUGUAUCAACCAAGCUGGCUUGGACGAGUUCGUGAAGGCUGGUGGAGUCUUGGAUCCCAAUGCCCAGCUGAAGUUGUCUGACUUCACAGGGAAAGGUGGCUGUGAAAAGUUGGCAAGUGCCAUGGGUUCUCUGCAACAGCCAAAGACGGGGAAGGGUCAGAGAAGGAAUCAACAGCAACAAGGUGAACCAACUAAGGUUGAACCACAGACCCCGUUGCAGAAAGCCCAGAACGCGGCAUUCAAGCUGAAGCCGAUCAAGAUGUCAUCGGACCUCAUCAACCAACUCAGUGCAGUGGCUGUCAAGUUGGAGGAAUGCGCCACGGCAUUGCAGGACUUGAUCGGAAAAAAGAAGUCAAAGACGAAGCACUAUGUGGGGGUCAUCACUGAGGUGAACAAGUACACCGAAAUGGCUCGUGAGAGGUUGGAGCUGUCAAAGGCACUUUUGAGGGCCAGCGACAAAGCUAGGUCCACUCCCAAGGCCAAGGCUGCCCCAAAGGCGGCACCAUCAGCUGCAGGACCAGCCAAGCCUCGCAACAAUUAG